AUGUUAUUGAAAAAUGUUUUAUGUAAUUCUCGGACCAGAAGUUUGAAUCCUAUGAGAAGUAUUGGAGAAAUAUGGGUCGAUGGAAGCUGUGUUAAUCCUUCGCUAGGAUUAACAGAUGAACAAAAACAGAUACAGAAAGUUGCAACAGACUUUGCUAGAAAUGAGUUAUAUCCUAACAUGGCUAAAUGGGAUGAAGAGGAAAUAUUCCCAGUAGAUACAAUGAAGAAGGCUGCCGAACUGGGAUUCGGAGCUAUUUACUGUAAAGAAGAAAAUGGAGGGACAGGGUUAGGACGUAUGGAUGCAUCAGUGAUAUUUGAGGCAUUGUCUCAGGGGUGUGCCAGCACCACAGCUUAUAUAAGCAUUCAUAAUAUGUGUGCCUGGAUGAUUGAUGAAUUUGGAAACAAAGACCUCCAACAGAAAUGGAUUCCUGAGCUUGGUUCUAUGGACAAACUUGCCUCUUACUGCUUGACUGAGCCUAACCAUGGGAGUGAUGCAGCUAACCUCAGCACCACGGCUAAAAGACAGGGAGAUAAAUUUAUACUCAAUGGAUCAAAGGCAUUUAUCAGUGGGGGAGGGGACACUGAUGUUUAUGUAGUCAUGUGUAGAACGGGGGAGCAGGGCCCUAAAGGAAUCUCCUGUCUGCUGGUGGAAAAGGGGUCUCCUGGGUUAGCCUUUGGCAAAAAAGAGAAAAAGGUGGGCUGGAACUCCCAACCUACCCGAGCUGUUAUUUUCGAGGAUUGUGAGGUACCUGCUUCAAAUCUGAUAGGGGAGCUGGGGGAUGGAUUUAAGAUUGCCAUGAGAGGUUUGAAUGGAGGAAGGAUCAACAUAGCUUCGUGCUCAUUAGGGGCUGCACAAUCUAGCCUUGAACUUGCUAGGGAUCAUCUCAAAGUCAGAAAACAGUUUGGAAAGACAUUGGACAGUUUCCAGCAUCUCCAAUUCACAUUGGCAGAAAUGGCCACAAAACUUGUAACCUCAAGAAACAUAGUCAGAAUGGCUGCCAAAGCCCUGGAUGAGGACUGGCCAGAGAAAGUGUCCUUGUGUUCCAUGGCCAAAUAUUUUGCUACAGAAGAAUGCUCAAAAAUUUGUAAUGAAGCUUUACAACUGCAUGGUGGAUAUGGUUAUCUGAAAGACUAUGCUAUACAGCAGUAUGUCAGGGACAUUAGGGUACACCAAAUCUUAGAAGGAACAAAUGAAAUAAUGAGACUGUUGAUAUCCAGGGACUUACUAACAGAUGGAGAGAGAAAAUAUUCUUGAUAAUGUAUACAGUUGUAAUCUGCUCUCUUUUUGACAUAAAAAUGUGACCUGGUCAUUUUGAUUUAGUUUAUAGUGAUGAGAUUUUAUGUUUUGAAUCAUGCCAACACUCAAUGCAUUAUAUAUAUCAUUUUGUGCAUAAUAUAUUAUGUGAAUCAGUGAUACCUUUGCCAGUUACAUGUUCAGUAUAUCUGGUAAUUAAAACUCUCAUUUUGAAUGAUAUUUUAAUAUAUCGAAGUGCAGAAAUAUGUUGAUGAAAUGUAUGAUAACCUAUUCACAUGGGAACCAAUUGACUUGAAGUGUUUUAAUUUGUAUGUAAAUCAGAUACAAGUAUACAUAUUUAUUUUUUCCUGAUUGUUGAAUUAUUUCACUUGUUGUGUGAUAGGUGCUGCUCACUUUCUUUUGUAUUCAGUAUUGUGGUGUUUUAGAUAUCAGAGUCCAACUUUAUGAAAUAGAUCAUAAUUUCAAGGAGUAAACAUCUCCACAAUUCCAACUUAUGGGGUUAAUAAAAAAUGGCAUUUAAAAUAAAAAUGACCAUGAAAAAGUUUACAUGCUGCACAAUUUGUUCAUUGCAAUUCUGAGGACUCUCUCUUUUUCAGACUAAAUAAUCAUAGAUCCAUAUCCCUGAUGUGGGAUAUUGAUUACAUUUUUGCAGUAAAGUAAAAAUUGGGAGUUUUUUU